UUGUGGAAACCCUCAGAUGACAGGACGGCCAUCAAUUCGUCAUCCCCUCCACCGAGCUCAGGUUCUAUACUAUCUUCGCUCAAUCGUAUCGUCAAUCCACUCUCGCGUGGCAGCAUCGCCAUUGUCCCAUUGUCUUGGAUAGCAAUUCCCGGUUUCGGACUCCGCGCUUCCGUGAAAAAAUAUGUAGAACUCCAUAUAAUUGCUCCACAAUCUAUACUAUUCAACAAUGUGGGCCUUGACGUGACGCUGAUGGGAGCUAUACCAUCCCCUCAAACGAUAUUGGGAGGUAUGAAUGACGUAUCGGCUCAACUCCUGGCGAUGGGCUUGGGUGGACCGUCGGAGUCUCCGGGAGAUGUGGCCUUCCAAGGAUUAUUGCCCAAUCAUAAAGGAAUCUAUCCUCCAACUGACAGGUUGUCGGUAUUCACUUAUUGGUACAUCGAUCUUUUGCAGAUUAUUUUUUUCUGCGUGACUUCGGGUCCCAAUCCAGCUGGGGAUAUAAACUGGUGCUACCAGAACCUGCGAUUCAAUAUUUAUCACGCCGAAUCUAUUGCAAACGUCAUCAUCUACAUCCUCGCGUCUCGCUUUCGCCAUAGGUGUCCAAGAGAUUUUACCGUUCAUCAAGUUCUUCACGACUCAGAAUGGGGUUUCACUCAGCCCAAAGCGUGCCGUUUUGCGGUAUAUUUUUGACGCCUGACAGCCAUUUCAUUACACCCCCUCCCCAUCUUAGGAUCGCAAGGGGGUCGUCUGCGCUGCAACAUGGGUGUUGCAUAUAGCACUGGUUCCACGCCCUUGGGACUUCCCGGACCCCCCUAGUGCCUCUAAUGGCACCUCUCCAUCGAGCGA